AUGCAAAUUGCUAGAGCAUUGAAUUUGGCCUCCCGAAAUCUUGCUCGCAGCUCUUCUUCAAAGGCUCCUGCAAUCCUGCCUAAUAAGGGAACACCUCCACGUUAUACUUUAGCUAGUCUGCGCUCUUUCCCAUCUUUGGAACCCCAUACUUUAAUACCAGUUCCAACCUCUGUGUUCAAUGCGCCAUUAAGAAGAGAUAUACUAUGGAGGGCUGUGGUUUAUGAAAACGAUAAUAAGCGUGUGGGAUCGUCCAAUCCUCCUACUAGAAGUACCAACGGUUACUCCAGACGUAAACUGGCACCUCAGAAAGGUACCGGUCGCGCCAGAGUGGGUGAUGGAAACUCCCCUACAAGACACAACGGUGCGAUUGCCCAUGGUGGACGCGCCCCCAACAACUUCAAAACAGAUCUGCCUAAGAAAAUUUACCACCAAGCCUUUAACGUUGCACUAAGCUACCAAUACCGCAAGAACCAUAUCUUCGUGAUUGGUAACCGCGAAUGUCUUACUACGAAAAACGAGCUAGAUCUCGACGUGCUAGAUAUUCCAGCUGCUAAGGAUAUGGAAGAUAACACUCCUCUCUUCGAGAAAUUUCUCACAGAAUAUGAUCUGCUGAAAAAGAAGCUACUGUUUAUUACCAAUGAACCUAGGGAAGGUCUCUUUGCAUCUACUGAGCGUUUUGAAGACAAAGUCAACAUUGUUCAGAAGGAAUUCGUUGACGUGAAUGACAUUUUGAAGGCUGACCGGAUUUUUAUUGAGCUUGAAGCCUUAGAAUACCUUGCUGUUGUUUUUGCACCAGAACCACCCAUCUUAAACCAAUAA